CGGCCACGGCCACGGGGAGAACCGGGACCCAGCGGGACCGACCGGCACCCCCCGGCGCCCGGCAGGGGAUGGAGGGGGCACCGGGACCCACCGCCGGGACCCGCCCCGGAGCCCGGGAGCGUCCGGCCCCGCGCCCCCCUCACGGUGCCCCCGCACAGGGCCCGACCGGGCCGAGGGCUCGGGGCCCCCGGCAGCACCCCCGCUCCCGGGGCUCGGGGGGGUUCCUGGGGCCCGGGCCGCCCCCCCCGGCUCCCCUUCCUGCCGCGGGGGCGGAGGGCGGAGGUGUGAGGGCGGAAGGGGGCUGGCGAGACCGUGCCGCUCCAUUUUAAGGGGUGUUGGGGUUUCGGAGGCGCUGAGUGGUGCGGCCGUCCCCGCAGCCCGCGCACUGGGCUAUAAAAGCCGUCAGGGUGGGACGCGCCCGCCGUCACCCGCUGUCACCCUCCCGAGUGGGCUCACCAUGGCUGCCGCCUUCCUCUUGGUGCUGGUGGCCGUGGGAGCGGCAUGGGCCGCGGUCCCCGAGCCCUGCCAGGGCGGCCCCGCGUCCUGGUGCCAGGACGUGGCGACGGCGGUGGAGUGCCGCAGGGAGCAGUACUGCCGCGACCUCUGGGACAGCCUGGCCACGUGGGACGCGGCCAAAGGUGACGCGGAGGCGCCGGGCAGGGGGAAGAAGUGCAGCCUGUGCACCAAGAUCCUGAAGAAGAUCCAGGCGAUGGCGGGCGACGACCCCGACGAGGCGGCGGUGGAUGCGGCGCUGGACAAGGCCUGUCGGGCCCUGGGGAAGCUGCUGGGCCGCGUCUGCAAGCAGCUGCUGGCUAAGUACCGGGAGCAGAUCAGCGAGGCGCUGCAGAACCGCGACCAGCCCCAGGACAUCUGCACCACCAUCGGCUUCUGCAAGGCCUGAGUCUGGGCUCAGCGCUGCAGCCGGCCCCGAGUGCCACCCCUGGAACCCUGAACCCCCCCCAGCCCCACCUGCCAGCCCAGCCCCUGGCCCCCUCCCCACGCAAUAAAGCAUCUCGCCUCAG